AUGGCGUUGGAUGGUGAAUGCUUACCAUCAGCACCAGAAGAAGCAGCGUGCUCAUCAUUGAUCAUGGGGGAGAAAGAGGACUUGGGUGGCGGUUAUACGAACCUAGGUCUAUUUCACCUUGCAGCAAUGCCAUCCAUUCCCUGUGGAUCGGAAGCAGAGGCCACGGCAAUCUACCAGACGGAGAGUGGUGGGUCCCACGAAGCCAGUCCUGCAGAAAGCAAUAAUAUCAUCAAACUGCCGAAGCGGAGACGAAAAGCUCGCAUGAACGAGGUUGACGAAGAAACCCAACUGCGCCGACGAGCACAGAACAGAGAGUCCCAGCAAGCCUACCGGCAUCGCAGGGAGGACCAUAUCCAAAAUCUCCAAAGGCAAAUCGUAUAUCUUCACCUGCAACAUCGCGAUCUUUGGCAGUCGUUCUGCCUACAAGACAAAAGACUGGGCCUCCUCAGAGAAGUGGUUGCCGAUCUCACCAUGGAAGUCAGCGUGUUGCGAGGACGGCGCCCACAGCAGCAGCAGCAGCAGCAACUAACACAAGACGAAUCACUUCUCCUGGAGGAUGAGUGCGACUGUGGUAUUGCUUCAAAUGACCCGCUCUACCCAAGGUGUUCCGGAAUUGGUGCCAAUAUUGAUGUAGAAGAAUUGCCAAUUCUGGGACAGGAUUUGCAAGAAUGCCUGUCAGAACAUGCACCAAUCUAUUCUUCACCGUGCCACACCUCAGAAUACCCAGACUUGCAUUAG